CCUCCUCUUCAUCCAGAAAAACAAGCCUGCAGCUGGGCGACUGUGGGACUGUGUGAUUGGUUGCAGAGGGAACAGAUGCCCCAGCAGAUCUGAGGAGAGAAACUCUCAAGACGCCCCAGCAUGAAGGGAAGAACGAGUCUCCUCUUCAGCCUCACCAUAGCAGCGUAUUUUUCUGGCAUCGCUGCUCAGAUACCAGAGUGUGAAAAUGCCACCACGGCUGACAUUGUCUUCCUAAUCGAUGGCUCCUCCGGCAUUGACUCCACUGACUUUCAGGAGAUUCGCUCUUUUCUCCGAAACAUCAUCAAGGCCCUCGACGUCGGCACAAACAAAGUCCGGAUAGGCGUGGCACAGUACAGUGGUAAUCCUUACCAGGAGUUCCUGCUGAAGGAUCACAUGGAUAAAAAAUCCCUGCUGGCUGCGGUGGAAAAAAUUCCCUUCCGAACAGGAGACAGAAAUACAGGCAAGGCCAUGGAGUUCCUCCUGGAAAAGUACUUCAUCAAACAGUCAGGAAGCCGAAUCGAUCAACGGGUGCCUCAGAUUGCUGUGGUAAUCACAGAUGGGGAAUCAAAGGAUGACGUAAAGGUACCUGCACAGCACCUGAGGCAGCGUGGAGUCAUUGUGUUUGGCAUCGGGGUGGGAAGCGCCAAAAAGACGGAGCUUGAGCUCAUCGCCAACUGGCCUCCAGAGCGCUUCCUCCACACCGUCGACAGCUACCAGGCUCUGCAGAGGCUGACGGACAGUCUGCUGCAAACUGUUUGUAACUCUUUGGAGUAUCAGAGGGAAGCUUUGGCGGACAAGUACGCAGAUGUUUUCUUCUUGGUGGACAGCGGCAUAGCUCCAGGAAAGCUCUCCAUGUUUAAGAAUGACCUUAUCAAAUUGAUCAAUCAACUCAAUGUCGAUCAAACCACCUACCGAAUCGGUUUGGCCCAGUAUGGUGAAGAUACGAGGGUUGAAUUCCUUCUCAAGACUCAUGAAACUAAAAAGGAAGCUCAGGAUGCUGUCAGAGCUUUCCGCCUGCGUCCACAACCCAACCAACCACGAUACCUGGGCAGUGCUCUGCAGUACGCCAACACUCACUUCUUUAGCACAGCGGCAGGGGGCCGUGCUCACCAAGGCUCCCGACAGUUCCUGGUUGUUGUGAGUGGUAAAAGCUCAGAUGAUCCCGUGUCACGUGUGGCUCAAAAUGUCAAAUCAGAAGGAGUGACUAUUAUUGGGAUGGAUGCAGGUGCAGGAAUGGAUGCACUGGACUUAUUUGUCAGUUCUGGCUACGCAUUUAACUCUCCCAGAGUGCUUGUUUUGAAGGAUACCAUUAUGACCGAGAUAAAGGAAAACACUACUAGAGAUUGCAUAGGAGUUAACGUGGCAGACGUUGUGUUCAUCGUUGAUGAGUCAGAAAGCAUUGGAGAAUCCAACUUCCAGUUGGUUCGCACUUUCCUGCACUCAGUUGUGAGCAGCCUGGAUGUCGGUAAAUCAAGAGUCAGAGUGGGCAUUGUUACGUACAGCGACGGCUCUGAAGCACAGGCCUACCUCAACACGUUCGAAGUUAAGGCUGAUAUCCUCCAGUUCAUCAAUUUCCUGCCUUACCGUGGUGGUGGUACAAACACUGGAGCUGCCCUAAAUUUCGCCCAGAACGAAAUGUUCAUUACGGAAAGAGGCAGUAGGAAAGAAAGGAAGGUUAAGCAGGUGGCGGUGGUGAUCACCGACGGUGAAUCUCAGGAUCCUGUUGGCGCAGCGUCAAAAAGUCUCCGUCGGUCUGGUGUCACUGUUUACUGCGUAGGGAUCGCAAAAGCCAAUGAGACCCAACUGUCAGAGAUGGCGAGUUACCCCUCUGAGAGGCAUGUUUUUAGUGUGGACAGUUUCACCCAGCUGAGGUCCCUGAAGCAGAACCUGCAGAAAGUCCUGUGUGAGAACAUCAUCGAGACAGAGAUCGAAGGCAUCAUCAGUGUAACAGAAGGCAAAGGAGCAUGUGUACAAAAGGAUGAAGCAGACAUCUUCUUCCUGAUGGAUGAUUCGGGAAGCAUUGAGAACCUAGACUUCCAAGACAUGAAGGAAUUUAUCACAAACGUUCUUCAAACCUUCCAUAUUGGGCCUCAACAUGUCCGCGUGGGGCUUGUGAAAUAUUCCGAUAAUCCAGUUCUACAGUUCGAUCUGGAAAAGUACACACAUGUCGAUGACUUGAAGAGUGCUGUUGAGCGUGUCAGACACGAUGGAGGUGGGACAGAGACAGGAAAGGCCCUAUCGUCCAUGGGUAAACGCUUUAAGAGGGGAUUGCCCCCUCGUGUUCACCGAGUCCCAGAGUACCUGAUUGUCAUCACAGAUGGGGAAUCCUCUGAUGAUGUCAAGAAGCCCGCAAAAGAGUUGAGGGAUCAGGGUAUCAUCAUCUAUGCCAUCGGGGUGAAAGACUCAAACCAAACAGAGCUGCAAGAGAUUGCCGGCGACCCCAAAAGGGCUAUCUUUGUCCGUGAUUUUGAUGCCUUGAAAUCCAUCAACAGUGACAUUGUCAUAGACAUCUGCUCCGAAGACGUUUGCAAAGACGAACAGGGCGACGUCUUUUUCUUAACUGACAGCUCUGAGAGCAUUUCUAAUGAACAAUUCGACACAAUGAAAAAGUUCAUGAAAUCUGUUAUCAGCAAGACCAACGUUGGGCAGAACAAGGUGCAUGUUGGUGUCAUGCAGUUCAGCACCAACUACAAUCUGGAGUUUCCCCUCAACUACCACUACAAUGUAGACGACAUUUCGAAAGCCAUCGAUGAUAUGCAGAAGAUGGAUGAGGGAACACUCACAGGAAAGGCCCUCACUCAGGUGUCGCAGUACUUUGAUAGAAACAAUGGAGGACGUCCUGGCCUGAGUCAGAGGCUGAUAGUGAUCACAGACGGCGAGGCCAAAGAUAAGGUCAAAGGCCCCGCUGAGGCACUGAGGGCCAAGGGAGUGACUAUCCACGCCAUCGGUGUGGUGGACGCAAACACCACCCAGCUGGAGGAGAUCAGCGGUUCAUCAGACAGAGUGUAUUCUGGGACGAACUUUGAUGCCCUGAAGGAUUUGGAGAGCAAGGUGGCCUUGAAGAUCUGUAAGAGAGAAUGUGACAUAGAAAAAGCUGAUGUUAUCUUCCUGGUGGACAGCUCCAUAAGCAUAAAUUCAACACAGUAUCAAAGCAUGCGGAAGUUUAUUGAGGCAAUGGUGAACGAAACCACAGUUGGCAAGAACCUGACUCGUUUUGGGUUAAUUUCCUAUGCUACUGUCCCAAUGUUACACUUUACUCUGGGUCAAUAUGACUCCAGACGAGAAGUCCUUGACGCGAUACCAAAGACGAAGCCACCAGAAGGAGACACCUACACAGGGGAGGCCAUGGAGUUCUCGUUAAAGCACUUUGACGCUGAAUAUGGCGGCCGGAGAGAACUCAACGUGCCUCAGGUUCUCAUGGUGAUCACAGACGGGGCUGCCACCAACCCUUGGAUCUUAAAGGAGCGAUCUGACGCUCUACGAAACAACGGGAUCACUGUCCUUAGUAUCGGAGUACAAAAUGCAUCGAUGGAUCAGCUGUUGACCAUGGCUGGUGGAGACCCAUCCAAAGUUUUCUAUGUGGAAGAUUUUAAAGCUCUUGAAGAGGAGUACAAGAAAAUAGCUUUAAUCCUUUGCAAUUCCACCAAACCAGAUUGCAGGGUUGCUGACCUGGUCUUCCUACUCGAUCGGUCCAGCAGCAUCAACCAAGGCGAACAUGAAAUUAUGAAAGCCUUCACGACAGAUGUAGUGAACAAAUUUAAUGUCAGUAAAGAGGCGGUACAUGUUGGCCUUGCACAGUUCAGUGAUGAUCCAAGCGAUGAGUUUUACCUCAAUCAAUACUUUGAGAAGGAGUCUUUGGCCGAACGCAUCAAGCAAAUAGAUUAUACCGGUGGAAACACCUACAUUGGAAAGGCUUUGGAUCACAUGAAGAAGUAUUUUGAGGAGUCGCAGGGCAGCCGUCGGACGGUUCCCAAGAACCUGGUGGUGAUCACAGAUGGCGAUUCUCAUGAUGACGUGGAGGAUGCUGCUGACUUUCUAAGGGCUCUGCAAAUUGAGAUGUUUGCCAUCGGCGUUGGAGACGUCCAUGACAAGCAGCUCCUGCAGAUCACUGGCACCCCGGAGAGGGUGUUCGCCGUGCGGACCUUCAAUGGCUUGACUCAUAUCAAGCAAAAGGUGGUCGACGUCAUGUGCGAUGAGCCAUACCGACCCCCUCCAUCCCCAACCCCUCCAAUCUCAACAGGCUCUCCAAUCCCGCCAAUCCCCACACCUUCACCCAAACCCCUGAAAGACUGCACCAUAGAUAUUGCCAUUGGAUUUGACAUUUCUUCGAGAGCUACAGUAGAGAGGCUGAUAAGCCGCUCCACCAAGCUCCAGAACUUCCUGCCGCAGAUCAUCCACUAUGUGUCCACAGUGAAAGACCUGUGCUGUGUCGGCCCCAUUCCAAUCCAGACCAACAUUGCCUUCAGGGUGCUAGAUGUUAAUGGACGUUCAUUGUACGACACAAACUUUGAAUACUACAGCAGCGAUUUGGUGAACAAAGUCAUGAGCCUGCGUACGUCAGAACUGACAUAUUUCAACACUGCUCUGCUGAACUCCUUCAAGGAGCUCUUUAAGGUCAAGUCCAAAGCUCUAGUGAAGGUGCUGGUGAUCUUCUCAGACGGACUCGACGAAGACGUGAUGAAACUCGAGCAUGAAUCAGACCUGCUGCGAAAGUCAGGGGUCAGCGCUCUGCUGACGGUGGCUCUAGAGGGAGUGCGUGAACCCGCCAAGCUGCAGAUGGUGGAGUUUGGUCGAGGAUUCAGCUACAACCUUCCUCUCAGCAUCGGCAUGCAGAGUGUCGCCAGCAACAUCUACAAACAGAUUGACUCGGUGGCGUCUAGAGUGUGCUGCGGCGUCACGUGCAAAUGUUCGGGACAUGAAGGCGACCCAGGCCCCCGAGGCAAACCGGGGACAAAGGGUGCAUCUGGAGGGAAGGGUCAGCCCGGCUUCCCAGGAGAGGAAGGAGUUGCUGGUGAGCGAGGGCCUCCUGGACCAAGUGGAGUCCCGGGCACCACGGGCUGUCCUGGAGCCAGAGGAGAGAAGGGCUAUCGAGGAGGCUCGGGCAACAGGGGCGAGGACGGAGAGGACGGACUGGAGGGAAUCAACGGAGAACAGGGACUGACGGGACGCACUGGAGCUAAAGGAGAAAGAGGGGACCCAGGAAACCCAGGUAUCCCAGGAAUCAGCGGGGAGUCGGGGCCAAAAGGAGAUCGAGGACUGAGAGGAGACCCGGGUGAACCAGGACGUGAUAACAUUGAGCCAGGAAAAAAAGGAGAGCGCGGGUAUCCUGGUUUACAGGGUUCAUCUGGACCGGACGGGAAACCUGGAGAGGAUGGAGGCCUUGGAGACCCGGGUCCAGAUGGAAGAAGAGGCCCUUCGGGUGAAAAGGGUGAACGAGGAGGCCCAGGAGAUCCGGGACUUCCUGGAAGCCCAGGUGCUUCUGGUCCACAGGGACCCGCAGGACAAAACGGUGAACGUGGACCAAAAGGGAUCCCAGGCUUUCCUGGACCUCAGGGUCGACCAGGAAAACCUGGAAACAAGGGAUCAGCCGGACACCGUGGCCCUAACGGACAGAAGGGCCAACCAGGAGAGCCGGGGGUUAAAGGCGCUCCGGGAUCAGAGGGACCCAGAGGGAUGCCGGGUGAGGACGGCAGAGACGGACACGGACCUCAGGGACCCAAAGGUGUCAAGGGAGAUCCUGGUUUCCCUGGUUAUCCUGGUCUACCGGGUGAGGACGGUCUGAGCGGAGCCAAAGGAUAUCCAGGACGGAAAGGGAACCAAGGUCGAGGGGGGGACUCGGGCAGGCCGGGAGGACCAGGCGGUCCCGGAGACCCGGGAUAUUCAGGACACAGGGGCUCCAGAGGUCCUCCUGGAGAAAAAGCCAUGUCUGAUUGCCAGCUGGUCAUCAACAUCAGAGACAACUGUCCAUGUUGCCACGGUCAGGAGUGCCCAGCUUACCCCACAGAGCUGGUGUUCGGUCUGGACAUGUCGGAGGACGUGACCCCGGUGGCCUUCGAGAGGCAGCGCGUCGCCCUCCUCUCCCUGCUGGAGGACAUCACCAUCGCCGAGAGCAACUGUCCGACGGGAGCUCGCGUCGCUGUGGUGGGUUACAACGCCAAUACCAAGUACCUGAUCCGCUUCCAGGACUACCGCCGCAAGAGACAGCUGAUCGAAUCUGUGAAGAGCAUCGCCCAUGAGAGGACGACCAGCCGACGCAACCUCGGCGCCGCCAUGCGCUUCGUCGGUCAGCACAUCUUCAAACGCAUCCGAGCUGGAGUAAUGAUGAGGAAGGUGGCCGUCUUCUUCUCCGGCGGGCUGUCACAGGACACUUCUGAGAUUGUCACCGCCAUGAUGGACUACCGGGCCCUCAACAUCGUCCCGGCGGUCGUCUCCCUGCGUAACGCUCCGGCUGUUGAAGAAGCGAUGAGGGUCGACGACACGAGAAACUUUGUGUUCACAGUGAUGGGGAGGGACAUGGCUGCUGACCUGGUGAAGGUCAAGAGCUGUGCGAUCUGUUACGACCCCUGCAGGCCUUCAGAGUUGUGCGCCUUCAUCCAGGAGCCGGUGCCGCCUCAGGACGUGGAUGUGGACCUGGUGAUGGUGAUGGACAGCUCCAGGGAGAUGCAGGCCGAUGAGUACGCCGGCGCUCAGCAGCUGCUGGGCUCCGUGGUGGAGCAGCUGGCCGUGAGCUCGCAGCCCCGCAGGGCCGGUACCCAGGCCCGGGUGGCUGUAGUCCAGCAGAGCGGCACCCGCGCUCCAAGGUUGGAGUUCGGACUGGGCACCUACCAGAACAGCAACCUGAUGAGGAGGCACCUGAUCCAGAACAUGACGCAGCAGGGCGGCUCCUCGGCGCUGGGACAGACGCUGGAGUUCACCCUGAAGGAGGUGCUCCUGAAGGCCAGCCAGCCCCGGAGGAAAAGGGCGGUGCUGACCGUGGUGGGCACCAAGACGGCCUACGAGGACCGAGCCAAGCUGAGCUACAUCUCCCAGAGGGCCAAGUGUGAGGGCGUGGCGUUGUUCGUGGUGGCGGUCGGCGAUCGUUACGACCGGGCUCAGGUGGACGAGCUGGCCAGUCAGCCUGUCGUGCAGCACCUGAUCCACAUGAGCAGACUGAAGGCUGACGAGCAGGGCUACGCUCAGCGCUUCUUCAGGGUCUUCCUCACCGCCCUCAACAUGGGAAAGAACAAGUAUCCUCCUCCGUCUCUACAGCAGAGCUGCAGGCGGCUGGAAGAGCCAACUGAAAGACAAACAUUCAACAUUCAAAGCAGUCAGGGCUUAGCGGAGGUGGAGGAGGAGCUUCGGGAGCAGAGAGGAGGAAAGACCACACACCUGGACGUCGCCACCGCUUUGACCAGUGAAGACGGCCAGAGUUCCCAUUCUGGAGCUAAAGUCAUCGAAACAGCCGUCCUGCGGGAGGUCACCGCCGUCUCUAGAGGUGUUCCUCCAGACGUCUGUCACCUCCGCAUGGACAGCGGCGGCUGCCAGAACUUCACCGAGAAGUGGUUCUUCGACAGCAAGAAAGGUAGAUGCACUCGCUUCUGGUACGGCGGCUGCGACGGCAACGGAAAUCGCUUCGACACUCAGUUGGAUUGUGUGAGAGUCUGCCAGACGAGGAGUCGUUUAAGAAGAGGAGGACGGAGAGGUGUCGCAGGGCAUCAGCGGCGCGGCUGAACAAAAAUGCCGCUUUACACUAAAUCAGGAAAAAUCUUCCAAAAAUAGAUGCAUCUUCAAGGAAAAAACACAAGGCGACCUCACAGAGUGCUGAAAUCAUUUCCUCACAGCUCGGUCUGUCCUGGGAAGUUUAAACUGCAAACCACAACACACAAGGGAAACUUAACACUCCUCCAAAAUCACAGCAAAUCAAACAUGUGUUCCUCCCCUGAUGAGUUGCCUUGACUUUGUUUCCUUGAACAUGCAUGUUUUUUUUUAAAUAGCAUCUUAUUUUAAGAAUUCACCACAGAUUUUUUUAAACAUUUUUUCAGCGGGUGUUUUGCGCUCGACAACUGUCUGCUGGACGUUGAUCUUACAUUUUGCUGUACCUGACUGUUGCUCUGAGCGCUGGGCAGCUUCUUUCAGGAUAUUUUGUUUGUUUGUUUUUAAUGACAUCAGGUGCUAUUCCUGAAAGAAGAAAAAUUGUUGCAGGUCAAAACCCAGAGCACAUACCACUGAAAUACAAAUCAUCUAUUUCAUCUGGAUUUAGUAUCACUUAUGCAGCUAUCAUUUUACAUUUUGUACUAGUUUCUGAUUAAAAGUUACAUUUAAGAUAA